CACGUUUCUUCCGCUAUCUUUACGAAUGCAUGUCUCGUUCUCUUCUGCUCUUACUAGGACGCCACUCUGUACAAUCUCUGGUCCCAGCUACACUUAUAUCUCAAGUUGAAUCUUUACUUGAAAGUCAUCGGAUCCCACAUGCAGCGGACUUGGCCGACCAGGAACGGAGAAGACAGCUUUAUGGCGGUGUGAAUAUUGACGAGGCCGAGGCAGAACAGCUCCAGUAUAUCUAUCAACGAAUAGGUUUCCAAUGUUUCAAAGAAACAUUAUUCGAAGACGCAGGGAAACACCUCUUCGAGGGUGGUCUCGACCCGCGUGUCCUUGUUAGCUAUUUCCCAAAUCUACGUGGAGAACUCAAUGGAGUAGAUAACACAGUUGAUAUGUUUGCUGGUGUAGCAGAACAUAUGCCGCCUGAGAGUUCAGUGGAAGAAAUUAUUGCCGCCAACCUAGUUAGGAACUACUCUCCGCAUCUUUCUCCAAAUACCCGUGAAGCACCAUCCACAUCCGAGCUGCGCAAGAUUCUGCUCAUAGCUGCGGAGGAUAUGCUCGAGGCGUAUUUGAGGAAAUGCAGGACCCGACGAGUUUUAGAGAAUCAAAGCGGAGGGGGGUCGACCUCACCUAAUCGGCAAGACGAGUAUGCUGUCGUAGACACAGUACUAGUCAAACUAUUCGCUAGAAGCGAGAAAACCAAAGACCUCUAUGCGCUCUUACAAGAAACUCAUUAUAUCGUCUUGCCCGAGGUGGAAACAAUGUUGGUUGAGAACGGCCAGUAUAAUGCGCUUUGUGAACUACAUCUGCAGAUGGGAAACCACCAUAAACUGUUAGAAAUUUGGGCAAAGUUGAUUGAUGGAGAGUGGUCAGACGAAGAUAUUUCCGAUCCUGUAGGGGCCAUGGUCGUCUACCUACACAAGUUGAACGAACGACCCGACAAGUCAGCGACAUAUACACAACUAACGCAGAAGUGGGCCCUCUGGCUCAUGCACGAGAAGCGGGUUCCAAAAGAAGGUUUGAAGCUCCUUAUAUCCUCUCGCUCUUCUCCAGCCCGCACGAGUGGUAGACGUCACCACAACAACAAGAGCAUUUCGAACCCUGAUUCCGAUGCUAACCUUGACGCAGAAGACAAAAACCUUCUCUUCGGUAUCAGAGAAAUAAACCCCACGGCAGCGCUCCAAUACCUGGAAUAUCUCAUCUUACAGCGAGGUAGUAAAGCCCGAGAUAUCCACAUGGAAUAUGCUACUGCCUGCAUCGACGAAUUGAUGGGCUAUUUGCAAGCGGAAGAGGGGAUAGAGAAGCUUUGGAGGGCGAAAGCCUCCUCAUAUUUUUCCUCUUCCUCCUCCUCUUCAUCCAGCACAUCCCCUGCUGUUACUACUUCCACACCUCUCCCAUUCAUAUCCUACUUUGCCUCUACAACCCCCGAUUCCCCUUCAAAGCGUGCACGGCUCAAAACGCUCCUUUUCCUACAAGUAUCCGGACUGUACGAUGUGAGUGUCGUCAAAGAGCGGAUUCUCAGCGCGUCGGACAAGCACAUCAAAACAGCCAAGGGGAAACAUAAACCGCUACUUAGUCUCGAGCUCGCCGUCCUGGAAUCUAAACUGGGCAAUCACCGCGCGGUACUUGAGUGUCUCGUACGUGAAGUCGGAGAUGCAGUCUCUGCGGAGGCUUAUUGUACAGGCAACAACGGACCUGGCUCAAACGGAGAAAGACAGGUCAUCCCCACACGUCUAUGUCGUUCAAUUGCAGAAAACACCGAGGGUUUGAGUAAUUGGAAGGGUGUUGUGAUAGCAACGAGCAAGGAUGCUUCAGAAGAGAAGGGAGUCUCGAACGGUACAUUACUACGGAUGUUGUUGGAGGUUUAUAUGAGCAUCGGCGAUGCGGAGAAACAACCCAGCGGUAGAAUCGAUCAGGAGCAAGUACAACAAGUACAGGUCGCACGCCUGCUAAAUUCUCAAGGUGUUCAUCUGGACGUUUGCGAUGUGAUUCAAACGCUUCCCUCAUCCUGGCCAUUACAUCUACUCUCCUCCUUCAUUACGCGGUCAUGUCGGCGCACGUUACAUACUUCACAUGAGGGGCAGAUCUUGAAGAUGGUUUCGUUAGCGGAGAACUGGGACGUGAAGGAGCGGACGUGGUCGGUGUUAAGGGAGGAAGGGUUCGUUGUCGAAGAAGCAACAGAUGGCGGGGAUGAAAUCAAAGGUGGAGAGGUUGAAAAUAUUGUUCUAAACGAGAAAAUUGCGCUCUCGCCGUCGGAUCCUCCACCAGUAGAUGUAUUUCCGGAUCCAAAGGAAACAUAAUCCUUUAUUGCCGUCUUUACUAUAGUGUUCUCUACGUCAGUACUCAUUUAUCUUACUUGCCAACCUAGGGAUAUGUAUAUGAAAGUUUGUGUAUAAUACCUCUCAGUGUGGGACACGCCCAGCACAUGAGAUCAUUGAGAUGCGGCCC